CGGAAGAAAGUGAUAUAAUUUUUAUGGGGGAGAACACCGUUCAACCGUUGCUGCGGCAAAGUGAGGUGCAACGCCUCAUUUUAAAAAUACAGCGGAAUAAAGAAAAAGCAGCGCAGAAGGUGUAUGCUCCAGCGGAUGAUUACACACCCUCUUUUCAAUGUGAGGCGACCUCCUCCAUACAACGUGAGGUAGUUAAGGUGGUAGAGGAGGUCGAAAAAGAGAAGUCGCUGAAGCUGGAGGAGAAAAUAUUGAAAGCGGGCGAAGAGACAAAAGAGUUAGAAGAGGUAGAAGAGUUAGAAGAGGUAUUGUUCUCGUCGGGGGUGCCGUCACUGCGUUCCGUGGUCACAGCCAUCACUGAUGAUGAGUCACCAUGUGACCAGACGCUGGAGGAGGAUUUCCAGCACGGUGUAAGGAAAGCGCUUUUACGACAAGCUGAAAGGUUAGAAAACAAAUUAAAACAUAUCCUUGAACAGGAUGACCUUUUCAAGCAUGUCGCAAAUAACGUUUUCCAAUACAUCGGACAAGCGGCGGAAAUUAUUAAUGAAAAAAAGAAAAAAGCUCUAGCGGAUAUACAGCAUAAUAACGAGUUGUUGGAUCUAGCUUCAAAGAGCACAGCUAAAGGUAAACAAUAGUAUUAUAUAAUCUAUGUAGUAAUUCAAAAAACAACCUUUUUUAAAUCAGUACAUAUUCUACCAUAAAGACACUACCACUAAGACUUUUUAAACUACAACAUGUAAUCACUUCACCACAAUAUAGUACUGACUACACUUUGCACCCUGAUUAGUACCUAAAUAUUAAUUUAUAAUACUGUUUUGUUUGUUUACAGAAUUCUUUGCCAGACGAGAAUAAUCCUCUCACCCUGGUACACCUGUAUCUACGAUCUUGUACAUAAUAUUAUUAACUCUUUGUCAGCCGGAAAUAAUUCUCAAACCUUGCCGGCGGCUAGGAACUUGUUUAACUUAUAUUCAGCCGGAAAUAAUUCUCCAACUUUCGUACAUCUGCAGAAAGAAACUGGUUUGUAAGUGUGGCAAAUUUAUGCAAACUCGUUUGUAUAAUUAAUUAAAGGAAUUAAAUAGUUUUUUAUAUGUUGCUAUUUUUAUAUGUUUAGGUAUAAUUUUGAUUAUAUAAUUUGCAUAUUUUUAUUUUAUAAUAAAAAAUUUAACAAUAAAAUGUGUUUUCCUUAUUUCAAAUUAAAGAAAAAUAUUUAAUUUUUAAAGUUUUUUUCUUCGAAAUUCGA